CUAAUAUCUACAGAGCAACAGAGAUGGUAGGAGCACAAAUAGAAGGACUGUGGGAACACAAGAACUACUGGAAACAUCUCACCUAUUAACAUAUGUAGUUACUAUCAAGCGGAAGUAUUUCCUUUAUUUUUGGAGAACACUUUCAUCCAGUGGGCGACAUGGCAAUAGCAGCGCUGGAGAUGAUGGGUUUCUUUUUUGGCCUCUUUGGUAUGCUUGGGACCUUUGUAGCCACUCUUCUGCCAUAUUGGGCAACGUCCGCACACGUCGGUCCCAACAUCGUGACGGCUGUCAUCACCAUGAAAGGUCUGUGGAUGGAGUGUGUGUACCAGAGCACCGGUGCCUUCCAGUGUGAGACCUACAACACGCUUCUGGGGCUCUCCACUGAUCUCCAAGCAGCCAGAGCCAUGAUGGUCAUCUCCUCCAUCUUUUCCGUCAUGGCCUGCGCGAUAUCCACCGUCGGUAUGCAGUGCACCAUCUGCAUGGAUGGCUCUUCAGUCAAGAGCAAGGUGGCUGGGGUAGGUGGCUCUCUUUUCCUCCUGGCGGGGCUCUUGUCGUUGAUCCCUGUGUCUUGGAGGACCCAUGAGGUGGUGCAGACCUUCUACAUGCAGAACAUGCCAGCCAGCUUAAAGUUUGAGAUAGGUGACUGCCUGUACGUGGGUUUGGCGUCUUCGCUCUUGUCCAUGCUAGGUGGAGGGCUGCUGAGUGCAUCCUGUUGUGAUGAUUUGGACGGGAGCAGAGGAACCAGACGUCAUUACCCCUACCCUGACCGCACUGGGCAGCGUGGGCCGUCCCAUUUAAUGCCCUACCAUACAUCUACGCUACAUUCAAACACAAACCCCAAUCUUGCCAACAAGAACCAGACCAUUAACAGCCACACCAGCACUAGUUCCCAGUCCACUAGGGCAGCUCAAGAUUCCAGGAAAUUGGCUCGGCAGAACACAGCGGCCGGGUAUGACGUCACAGGCUACGUUUAAGGAUUUGUGUUAGUAGUUCUGUACUAUUUGUCCUAAAAGCACUCAAGCAAUUUAAUACUUUUGAAAGAUUCCUAUAAUAGGCGGGAGACUGGAUUAAGGCACAAAAAGAAUAGACACUCUGCAAAUGCAUUGAAUUAAAUACAAUGUGUGGUGCUUUUGGUUUCUCUUUUCAACAUACAUUGCUGUUCUUCUUCUGAAAGUUUAAAGUUUUUUAUUAAACAGCCAAGAUGGGUUUCAAUAUGGAUUGACAGAAUCAUAUGUAAAUAUGCAAAGCUAAUAUUUGACAUUGACUUUUCAGCUGCCUCAUAAAACUUUAAUUGCACGAAAAAUUGAAUUGUUUUUGUAUUUUGCAAUGUUAUUGUUUUUUAUUAGUGUUUUAUUGUUGUUGUUUUGAUUUGUUAAAUACAGUAAUCUUUAUUUUGUUAUUGAAAUUGUAUGCAGUCAGUUUGAGCACUACAUGAUCGGAUUCACUUUCUAAAUAAACAUGUGAAUUGUU